UUUGACCGGUCUUAUUGCUUUUCCCAAUUGCUACGCGCACUAUGUCCCCUGCCCCUCUCUUAUUCAACAAAUCAAAUUCUGCGAAUUCGCCCAGAAACCUUGUUCAGCGGGCAAAAUGACAAUGAAGCCAGACAAAUGGGUUCAUGCUGAUCAUCGGAAGGGAUGGGCUUAUCUUUACCAGGCGACCGAUGGAAAACUUCACUUUUGUUGGAUCGAUAGGAUGACUGGCUAUGUUGAAGAUAGCUUUAUAGUUUCGCCUAAAAAGGCCAAGCUUAAACGGGUUUCUAAUUGUACCACAGGAAGGGUCUAUGUACUCUUGCUAGAAUCAAAAAAGCGCUUCUUUAUAUGGAUGCAAGAGCGAGUUUCUGCUUGUGACGAUAAUUUGUGCUCCAAAAUAAACGAGUUCAUAAACUCACCACCCCAGUCCGUUGGGGCUCAAAUUCGUAAGCUGCCUAAUCUUUUUCUAAAACACUGUUUAGCUGACUGGCCUAGUAGCAUGAGUGAAUUCAGUCGUUUUUCACAUGCGGACUUAAUAGCCCUGUUUACUGGUGGCGCCGGAUAUGGUAGUACCAAUUCAUCUGAUCGCGAUUUAACUUCAAUUCAGGCCACUCUUGGUAGACAUCUAAGCGCCAGAAUUUUAGACACUCCUAUAUUGCAAGCCGCUACUCCUGCUGCCAGUGAAAAAUCAACUAAUGGGUAUACAUAA